AUGGAAACUCCUGUUGAUACUCCGAUUAUGGUCGAACAUGAAAGCCCUAGGUGGAAGAAAUCAACCGUGGUUUUUGUGUUGGGUGGUCCUGGAAGUGGAAAAGGUACUCAGUGUGCUAAGGUUGUUCAACACUUUGAGUAUACCCAUUUGAGUGCUGGUGAUCUUCUCAGAGCAGAAAUUAAGUCUGGUUCUGAAUUUGGAGCCAUGAUCCAGAGCGUGAUUGUAGAGGGGAGAAUUGUGCCUUCUGAGAUCACAGUGAAACUUUUGUGUAAAGCUAUGGAGGAAAGUGGUAAUGAUAAGUUCCUCAUUGAUGGUUUCCCUCGUAAUGAAGAAAAUCGGAUAGUAUUCGAAAAUGUUGCUAAAAUCGAGCCUGCUUUUGUUCUGUUCUUUGAUUGUCCUGAAGAAGAGCUAGAGAAACGCAUUAUGAACAGGAACCAGGGAAGAGAAGACGAUAAUAUUGAGACGCUAAAGAAGAGAUUUAAAGUGUUUGUAGAAUCUACCCUCCCUGUUGUUCGAUACUACGAAUCUAUAGGGAAACUUCGAAAGAUCAAUGCUGCUAAACCCAGCGAAGAGGUUUUCGAGGCAGUCAAAGAUCUAUUUUCAUCAUAA